UGGCGCUUUCCUGGGCAGGCUGUAGUCGGCUUUGCAGAUGCCAUGUUUGAGCAGUGAGCAUGGCGGAAAAUCAUCUGGAGUACGGCUACCUGGAGGGCGAGCCCAUCGGGGAGCAUUUCGCCGAGGACCCGGAGCUGGCGGCCAUCAAGGCCAGGGUUCAGGAGCUGGAGAUGGAAGAAGAGACGGAGAGACUGAAGGAGGAGGAGGAGAGGUGCGACGCAGGAGAUAUGCAGCUCCUGACCAGCAGCCCUCGACCUGGACCUUUCUACAAUAUGACUCCUGAGGAGAGGAUAGAUGCAGACAACAGAUCAGUCUAUGUAGGAAAUGUAGACUACGGCGCCACCGCAGAUGAGCUGGAGAUCCAUUUCAACGGCUGUGGUCCUGUCAACCGAGUUACCAUCCUGUGUGACAGGUUCUCCGGCCAUCCCAAGGGCUUUGCUUACAUCGAGUUCUCUGAUCGAGACUCUGUGAAUAGCGCCAUUGGUUUGCAUGAGACGUUGUUCAGAGGAAGAGUCCUUAAGGUGAUGCCCAAGAGGACCAACAUGCCAGGCAUCAGCACCACAGACAGGGGAGGACACCGAGGUGGCCACUCCAGAGGCAGAGGCCGUGGUUACCGUCCACCCCGAUACCAGAACAGCUCUCGAGGCAGGUUCCGGUACCAGUCAACCAGGCCACAACAUCAAACACCCCACCCUUACUAUGGAGGCCCCUCAGUGGGAAAAAGACAGUGGGGACACAUGGACUACCAUGAACAGAUGCCUAAACGUUACCCAUGUCUUCUUCUCAUCACCCCACCGUCAGAAGAGUUGGGGGCAGGGUCGAGUGGACAGCACUACCCUCAGCAGCGCUAGCAGUACCCACGGUAUACAUACUAAAGUGGGCAAAUAGAACUGAUCAUUUUAAAUAAGUGUUUCCAGGCAUUACUGAGUUGAACAUCGUGCGAGAGAUAGCAGAGAUGACUUUGCAUCCCUUCAUCAGUCCUUCAGUAGGUAGAUGUGAAGAAUGUAGACUGGGGUAAGAGGUGUUGCAUUAUAAGCUUAUGUUGCUGUGAAUGCAUGGGACAAUCCUCGAAUUGUUAUGCAGUUUUUGUCUCAACAUUUUUACGAAUCGAUGCGAAUGUAUUGUGUUACUGCCUGCAGUGUUAUG